GGUCACUGCUGCGUAACUAAAAGACAGAUCGGUCUCAAGGGAUCACUAGCCGUUCCACGCGGAAAAUGAAAAGACUAAAAUUAUUAAUCAGGAGGGCCACAGCAGGGCACUGUCGGAGGACUCAAGAUCGACAUAAAAUCGCCUUGGUCACUCCCGUCUGCUUCGCCAUUAUCGUAGACUAGGGAGAUUUACUUGCUUGCUGCUUUCAUAGGCUGCCAUUGUCAUCGCCUUUCUUUAACCUCAGUUGCUAGUGGGUAAACUCUUCGUUCAACUCACUGAGACUGGUGUUUCGGGGAGACAAAUGGUCGAGAUCCGUUUUUGGACUUCGUUUCGUUUCAGAGGUGGCAUUUUCCGAGUCACUAAUAUUUCUAUAGGACAGCCUCUGAGCACUGCUGAUGCAGCAUCGCUGUGAUUUGCCUCCCCCCAUCUACCUCAAGAAAAUUUUGUAGGGAAGCGCCCAGUAGCAACCACUCCUCGCUGCCUCUGCUCCUGCUCCUAGUCCUAGGCUCCUAGCUGCUAGUAUAAUCUCUUGCAGUCUUGCUCUGCCCUGCACUUGUACCUUGAGGCAGAGUGGGCAUCGAAGCGAGCUGUGUGUGCGCAAUGCCUCAGGUCGACCUGGAGAGCCUGGUGUGCGGCGUGGCCGGCGCCGGCGCCGGGGACAGAAAGGUGUCCUGCGAGACGGUCAUCGCGGGGGGCAGCGGGGACGCCUCGCCGCCGCGGAUGCCGCCGCCGCCGGACCCUGACUUCCCGCCCGAGUCGAUAACCAUCUCCAUCGGCGACGAGUUGGCGUUCUCGGAGCUGAACCCGAUAUACGAACGGGACGACUCCACCAAGGGCAGCACCAACCCCAAGUUUGCGGCCGCCGGCGUCUCCAACCCCAUCGUGGCCAAGACGCGGACCAACUCGACGCGCGUCGCCGGCGCACCGGCCGCGGCUGGCACCACUUUCUUCGGCCUCCCGGCAAAGAUCCGCCCGCGGUUCACCCGGCGCCAGCCGUCGCAGGGCCGGAUCUUGCCCGACAAGCGCGCGGCCGGUGGUGGCGGCGAGGCGGAGCCGCGGUCGCCCAAGGUGUCAUGCAUUGGGAAGGUCCUGUCCGACCGGGAGCGGCACGGCCGGCGCCGCGGGUGGUGGCACGGCGUGGUGGCCAUGUUCCGGUGCGACGGCUGUGGCCGGUUAGGAGGCGGCGCGGCCAAGAAGAUGGCGUUGGAGGACGAGGACGGGGAGGAGCAGCAGCCGGGCAUUGCGGGAAUGCGGAGGUUCAAGUCCGGGAGAAGAGCCGCUUCGUGGGGAGACGAGGCGUUGGCGGCGGCGGCGGCCGACGAGGAGGAGGAGGAGAAGUCCGACAGCCAAGAGACUGAGCAGUGGGCCCGUCGGCGGGUAAAUUAAGUUGGGGAGAGGGCGGGAAACAAUUGGGCCCGGGAUAUGUCGUUGCUGGGACCCGCUCUAAGUGACAGUGCCGCGGUUGCCGGUAGGUGGGCUCGAGCUGCCGCUCGAGUGUCCUCGAUCUUCGUCAGCGACGGAUGGGCACGGCUUUGGCCGACGGUGAUUGGGGACUGGCCUAGAACUGAGAGUUUUCGAUUUCGGUGUUUUUUUCCUGCUUGGAAUUUUGCACUUUGAAGAGCUUGUUUGUUGAAACUUGAACCAAUGAUUGGUGCACAUACCUCAGCAAUAAUAUGAGCACACAAUGUGCUACAGAGUUCAGAUUUCA